AUGGAAUUACUCAAUGCUUUCUCUCUCCUGAUUUUUCUCAUUGCUUUCCAGGAACAAAUUUCUUGCUUUUCCUUAAGUAUACCUGCUUCUCCUGGCUACUAUCAAGAUGGGCAUUUUGUUAUUGGAGGUCUCUUUUCCCUCAGAGUGACUGCUAGAGACAAUAGAAUUAAAUUUGGCUUUAAUGAUACAAUGACUAUACCGGAAGCUGUUAUUGUGAAUCUCACCAAAAAUUAUCAGCACAUUUUGGCAAUGGUUUUUGCUGUAGAAAAAAUCAACAAGGACCCAAAUAUUCUAUUCAAUAUGUCCCUGGGAUUCUAUCUCUUCAAUGUUGACUUUUCUGAAACAAAGGCCAUGGAAAGUUCUAUGGCUUUGCUCUCAGGAGAGAGCCCCCCAAUUCCUAACUACAGCUGCAGGCCUGAGAAGACUGAUCAGCUGGUUGCAGUGAUAGGAGGCAUUUCAACACGAAUAUCAACUCAGAUCUCCCGAGUUCUAAGUCUCUACAACAUCCCACAGAUCAGUUAUGCUCCUUUUGACCGGAGUCUUGAGACCAAACUCCAGCUCCAGUUUUCUUACCAGUUUCCUGUGCACACUGCAGCUCUGUACCAGGGAAUUAUUCAACUGCUGCUAUACUUCACUUGGGUCUGGGUUGGUCUGGUGGUUCCAGAUGAUAUGAGGGGGGAACUCUUUAUUAAGGAAAUCACAGAGGAGUUGAACAACCAUGGAAUUUGUCUUGCAUUUGCAAAAAAGGAUCCAGUAUUUCUUUCUGGAGGUGGAGUAGGCUGGUACCAAUUAGUACAAAGUCUCAUAUUGACACGUGUUGUCAUUGUAUUUGGUGACACUCAUGAUUUUCUGACACUUUUCUUUCUCAUCAUUUGCUGUGCUACAUUUGAUAAUGUCUGGAUCACAACUUCUGAUUGGUAUACUACCAUAUUACCCUUUAAACAAAAUGUAAUUUAUACAUACUUUGGCGGAGCAUUAUCAUUUUCAGUUCACAAGGAUGAAAUUCUGGGAUUCAAGGAUUUUCAAAGAAGUAUUCAACCUAGAAAAUACCCUCAUGAUAUCUUUAUCCAGAAUGUGUGGUCGAUUUUAUUUGAAUGUCCACAUUUCUAUGAGCAUGGAGUGAGGAAACUAAGUCAAUGUGAGCAAAAUGGCAGCCUGAGCACACGAUCUGUGAAUGUUUGGGAUAUGAAUACCUCACCCUUGAGCUACAAAGUCCAUGCAGCUGUGUAUGCCAUUGCCCAGGCACUCCAUGAGGAGCUGUCACUCAGAGUGAAUGGAGACUCAUUCGAUAAAGAUGGACUCCAGGCUCCUCUCCCAUGGAAGCUCCAUCCAUUCUUACAAAAGGGCCAACUUGGGAGAAACAUCAAUGGGGAGAAUGCUGUGAACCAGGAAGUUUCAGCAAUCAAGCUUGACAUCUUUAAUUACCAGUCUCUGAAGAGUGGUACCAAAACUCAAGUGAAAGUUGGCGAGUUUGUGUUUGAAUCUCAAAGUGUUCAGCAUCUUUCCCUAAAUGACAAACUCAUAUAUUUGGGUGAACACCACAGUCAGAUACCUUCAUCUGUUUGCAGUCAAAGUUGUCUACUUGGAUUUAGGAAAACACUUGUCAGUUGGAAUUUAUUCUGUUGUUAUGAUUGUGUCCCAUGUCCCGAUGGAGAGAUUACAAAUGAAACAGAUAUGGAUCAAUGCUUCAAGUGUCCUGAAGAUCAGUAUCCAAAUAAGCAGAGGAAUCAAUGUCUCCCUAAAAUUUUAGCAUUUUUGUCCCAUGAAGAUACUGUGGGAGCUGUUUUGGUCUCCAUGGCCAUUAGUUUAUGUGUCUUUUCAGCCAUGAUUUUAGGAUUAUUUAUCUGCUAUCGGGACACACCCAUUGUCAGAGCAAAUAACAGAAAUCUCAGUUAUGUCCUCCUUGUUUCUUUAAUGCUCUGUUUCUUUUGCUCAUUGAUAUUCAUUGGCCGACCUAGAACAGUCACCUGUGUCUUAAGACAAAUGAUUUUUGGGGUUGUAUUUUCCGUUGCUGUUUCUGCUAUCUUGGCAAAGACCUUCAUUGUGGUUGUGGCCUUCAAAGUCAUCAAACCAGGAAGCACCUUACAAAUGUGGAUUGUGACCCGACUCUCAAAUGCUAUAGUCAGCUGUGGUUCCAUCAUUCAAGUGUGCAUCUGUGCAGUCUGGCUGGGAACAUAUCCUCCCUUCCCUGAUGUUGACAUGCAGUCAGAGUAUGGGCUAAUCAUCCUCUUAUGUAACGAGGGGUCCACUCUUGCUUUCUAUUGUGUUCUGGGGUACUUGGGCUUUCUGGCCAGUCUCAGCUUGCUUAUUGCUUUUCUGGCUAGAAGGCUACCUGACACCUUCAAUGAGGCUAAAACAAUCACAUUCAGCAUGCUGGUUUUCUGUAGUGUGUGGAUUUCUUUUAUACCCACUUACCUGAGCUCCACAGGCAAAACAAUGGUAGCUGUGGAAAUCAUUUCAAUUCUGGCCUCCAGUGCUGGUUUACUGGGAUGUAUGUUUCUUCCCAAAUGCUAUGUGAUCCUACUGAGGUCAGGUGGCCAUUCCAGAAAGAAGUUCUUUAAAUAACUUCUUUAAGACAAAGGAAUUUAUUGUGAUUUGUGUAAAAUGAUUCAUGUCAGAAUAUUCAAAAGAGUGGUGUGAAGCCAAUGCAUUCCACCAAACAAUGGCAUCUGUAUUUUAAUCACCUGUCCCUGCAAUCCUUGGAGCCAACUAGACACCAUGAACCCAGUUAUCAA